AUGAACGAGCCGCCGCCCUUGAAGCAGGAGCUGGACAGAGCUCUGACGGAAUGUGGCUAUGCUAUCAUGGCAUGGAACAUGCUGCCGAGCGGGAUUGAAGAGGCAGAGGCUGAAGUGGAGCUGAUCGACGAGGGAGCUGCCAAAGUGCUCAUUCGCCUGUCCUUGCGGGGCUACGAGUGCGACCAGCCUGUCGCGCACGCAGAGACGCUCGAUGAUCUGCUCAAGGCGAUCAGCCCAGGCUUUGCUCAUCGUUCCCAUCUGCUACUCUCAAGCAAGCUAGAGGAUCUUGCACGAGCCCGAUGGCAAUGA